GAAUUGCUCGUAUCUGGACCACCAGAUUAUUCUGCCAUUAAAAUUAAUUUCAUUUUACUUGAAUGGUAUUUAAAGCCUUUAUUAAAGUAAAAAAAUUUUCUUGGGUUUUGGUGAAGAUGUUGGAAGGAAAAGCAGUAGUGCGAGAGACAGACAUGCCAGAGUUGAUGCAGAACCAUGUGACGGAACUAGCUUGCCAAGCUUUGGAUUUGCAUGAGGUCUCUGAUUGCCAAGCCAUUGCUCGUUACAUCAAACAGAUAUGUUCGAUGGAAGGAGGUCGUGGGGUGCUGGCGAUCUCAUGACGAAUAUCCUUCUCUUUGGGCUAGCAUUAAAGGUUUUGGAGGUUGUUUGUCUCGUCUCUGGAGAUGAUGUCCCGAUUCAAUUGUGAAGGUUCUUGUCUUCCCUUUCUCAUACGUCAGGACCAUACUUCCAACUUUAUAAGACUUUUGUAUAUACUUUUUAAGGUCGUGUUUUCGCUCUUUCUCAUCUGGAAGUUGUGAUUCCUUAAUGUCUUGGCCAAUGUAGCAUUUUCUCGUGCUCUUCAGUUCAUUGAUUUGCUACUUUUAGUCUCGAUUGAGAGAGGUUUUGCUUUCGUUGAUGUGAUUCAGGUAAAUAUGCGAAAAGCAAUUGAAACUUCUAGUUUAAGGAAGGAGCGGCUUGUGUUGUUUAGGUUGCUCGGAUUAGAUAUCUAGUUAAAUAAGAGUUGGAUUUUUUGGGCUCCAUAAUUUUUUAGACAUUUAUCUAUUGGGCGUUAAACAAUCUUUGUUUCGUUUGAUAUUCUGAAUGUUGUAAUCUUGGAUUUUUAAGGGCUCAUCAAUAAUAUUCUAUACCUUUAAAAAGAAAGUCUAUAUUGUAUUUGUUGAGAGAAUUCUGCACUAAAGUAAUGCACCUUGCAUUUUCAUAUACGUAAGAAAUUAUAAAAGUUAAAUCUCAUAUUUAUAUGAGAUAACAUUUUAAUUAUAAAAAGAUAUGUUUGAUACAAUCAUCUCUAAUUCAAAUUUAAAAUCUUACAGUCUUGUAUGACUUUAAUAUUAAUAAGCUAAAAUCCAUCUAUAAAAGAUAUAUGACUAUUUGUUUUAAUCAAGUGAAACUUAUUGUGGCUUGGAAACUUUUUGGUUCCGGUCAAACACUAGAUUGGCCUAAUGGAAAGGUGUCUUUUCUUUUUCGGAAGCAACUUUCCAUCGUUAGAUUGUGAAGGCUCCACUUGCUUCUUUAAGAAUCAUUAUCUUUUUUGUGGUAUAAGCAUAUGUAUCUAUUCUUCAUUAGAUUAAAACUAAAUAUUGUUCGCAUUGGGCUAGCUCAAUAAGGAGUAAAGUGUUUUUGGUGAACAUUUGGAUCAUUUAUGAGAUUAAAUACUCAAUCUCAUUAAAAAAAAAAGGUUUCAAAUCACUCAACUCAAUGAAUUACUACUUUUACAUUAAGAAAAACUAAAUAUAGCAAUGAAUCAUUAUUAAAUGUGCACGAACAAUGCAAUGCAGAAUAAAUUAUGGAGGGAAGAAGUGAUUUGCACUGAUUGAUUGGGAAAUGGAAAAACAAAACUAUAUAUACAAUGUUCACAUAUUCUAUCAAAUUUGUGGUUUAGGUUUUAGUAGAUGCCAUUAUUUGUUUGUUUGUCUGUCUUAAAUUAACCCAACGAUAUAUCUUAUGCUUUAAAGCAUUGUUUUUUCUUUUUAAGAAUAAAUUUUUGAAAAGUUUCCUCUGUGGUCCCUUUAUGGCUCGAUACUCUCGCCUUUUCCUCUUCCUUAAACCUAACUUCUUCUUUUCUCUUCCUCAUGAAAGACGAUCUGCAUCAAUUGACUAUCGAUAAAGAAGAAUAUGUUGUUGUCCCUAUUAAGAGCUCUAGAGAUAUUCCGAUCGUCACUUAUGAUUUCUGUAUGGUGGAGAUGUUUCUCACAUACAAUCCAAUCAAUUUUCAGAAUAUGCAGACCUCUUUGGCAGAUUUAUGGCAUCCAAGAAACACUAAACAUAACGUUGUUACAUGUUUUUCUUCCUCUCAAUAGGAUGCCUGAAGAGAUAUUAUAUACUCCCAAAUCCAAACGACGUCGCAGGAGGGAAGCAAAAACAAGACAGUACACCGCCAAAACGAUGCCGCAAAGAAGAAGCAAAACGACGCAGCAUAUACAGAUUCAAAACGGCACCGUUUCCUGUGGAUGUAAUUUAUUCCAAGGGAACCCAGAAUAUUCUAGAAAAAUCCAGAGAACUUAGUUAGUUAGAAUUCAAUUUUCCAAAUGUGUAUAUAUAUGCAUGAGAAUUAACAAAUCAGAUAUAUGAAAAUACUCUAUUUUCCAAUCCAAUUUUAGCUAUUCUUCUCAUGGUAUCAGAGCAUACCCUGUGUAAACUGCCCCAACAAAUUCAGAUCCAGAUCUGAAAGAAACUAACUCAGAUCUAGAUCUGAAAGAAAUCACCCUUCUUUCUUUUCUCAAAACACAAAGUACAUUCAGCAAGUGCAAUGGCAGAAAUUACUGAAGAUAACAUACCUGGGAAAGCAGAGAAGGACGACAAGAUGAUUAGGCUGUUGAACUCUGAUUCCCCCAGCAUGAUUCUUGUCAGUUCUCCUUUAAAUGGCAACAAUUACCUGACAUGGAGCAGAUCAAUGGUUAUAGCCUUGAAAGCAAAAGACAAGCUAGGAUUCAUAAAUGGCAAGUGCAAGAUGCCAGAUCAAGAUGACACAAAUUACGAGGAAUGGCAGAAGGCAGACAACAUGGUAAUGUCCUGGAUCUUGAAUGCUCUUUCAAAGGAAUUGGCUGAUGCUUUUCUUUAUGCCACAAAUGCCUAUGAAUUAUGGGAAGAAUUAAAAGAAAGAUUUGGAGACAGUAAUGGUCCCCUGAUGUACCAGUUAAUGAAAGAAAUAAGUAAUGCCAGUCAAGCAAAUGAUAAUAUCAUGAUGUAUUACACAAAAUUAAAAAAACUAUGGGAUGAAUAUGCAUGUUUAGAGCCAAUUCCAGUAUGUGAAUGUGGUGUAGCAAAAUCUUUUGCUGAGAUAGAGAGCAAACACAGAUUAAUGCAAUUCUUGAUGGGCUUAAACGAGUCUUAUGACCAUGUGAGGAAUCAAAUCCUUAUCAUGGAGCCACUGCCUAGUGUAAAUAAAGCAUAUUCCAUGAUUUUGAGAAUCGAAAAACAGAGGGGAGCACAAAGUGAUGAAGCUGGAAACAGUGCAAUGACAGCAAAAACUUCAAAGAUUAACAGAGGCAGAACAUGGAAAAAUCAAUUCAAAAAGAAGGAUGACAGAACCUGUUCCUACUGCAAAACCAUAGGUCAUGUGAGAGAAACCUGCUUCAAACUCAAUGGAUAUCCAGAUUGGUUUAAUGAGCUCAAAUUGAAAAGAAACAAAGGAAAAGAAAAUGUUGCAGCUCAUGUGUUCGAAACACCCCUAAACUGCAAUGAUGAUUACACUCAAGGCAAAGCUGAUUGGAAUAUGGAAUCACUAAUGCAAGAGAUGAUGAAGUACAUGAAGAAUCAUAGCCAAGGCCCUACCAACAGCAAUGACGCAAAUUGUGUGAAUUACACUGGUUUUGCAGGUAUGACAUCUUAUUGCUAUUCUAAAGCUUAUGAAAAUAGAACUAUAGGAGAAUGGAUUAUAGACACAGGUGCCACAGCUCACAUGUGCAAUGACCUAUCUCUUUUUUCAAGCCACAGAACUCUAAAUAAACCAAGUAUUGUGACCUUACCCGAUGGCAGCAUGAAAAAUAUUUCCAGAAUUGGAACAGUGCUUUUAAACCAGAAUAUGCAAUUGUUAGAUGUGCUAUAUAUGCCCACAUUUAAGUACAAUUUACUAUCUGUUAGCCAAAUCACACAAUCAAACAAAAUAUAUGUGCAAUUCUACCAUGACCAAUGCAUCUUGCAGGACCUAGUGACUAAGCACCUACUGGCUGUUGGGAGAAUGCACCAAGGAUUAUAUAGACUAAAUAAAGACUCAUUUAGCCAUCAAGGAAGCAGAAUAAAGACAAUGGGCACAGCGUUGACAUUUCAACAAUCUCAAGACAGAUAUGGAGUAUGGCACAGAAGAUUAGGUCAUGCAUCAAAAAACAAAUUAUUACAUCUAAAUGUAAUAAAAGCUAGUGACUGUGAUUCCCAUGUGUGCACCAUUUGUCCCAUUGCAAAACAACAACGAUUGAGUUUCAAUAAAAGCAAGAUUACAUCCAAAACACCAUUUGAAUUGAUUCAUGUGGAUCUUUGGGGUCCAUAUUCAGUAGUUUCAGUCUCAAAUGCAAGAUAUGUACUAACUAUAGUUGAUGAUUACUCUAGAGCCACAUGGACAUAUUUACUACAGCACAAACAAUCUGUUUUUGCUGUAUUAAAAGAGUACAUUGCUCUGAUACCAUGAGAAGAAUAGCUAAAAUUGGAUUGGAAAAUAGAGUAUUUUCAUAUAUCUGAUUUGUUAAUUCUCAUGCAUAUAUAUACACAUUUGGAAAACUGAAUUCUAACUAACUAAGUUCUCUGGAUUUUUCUAGAAUAUUCUGGGUUCCCUUGGAAUAAAUUACAUCCACAGGAAACGGUGCCGUUUUGAAUCUGUAUAUGCUGCGUCGUUUUGCUUCUUCUUUGCGGCAUCGUUUUGGCGGUG